GGUGCCUACAGCAAGAUGGAUGUGGGCAGCAAAGAGGUCUUAAUGGAGAGCCCGCCGGACUACUCAGCAGCCCCCCGGGGCCGGUUUGGCAUCCCCUGCUGCCCUGUGCACCUCAAACGCCUUCUCAUCGUGGUUGUGGUAGUGGUCCUUGUCGUCGUGGUGAUUGUGGGGGCUCUGCUUAUGGGUCUUCACAUGAGCCAGAAACACACCGAGAUGGUCCUAGAGAUGAGCAUCGCAGGGCCGGAAACCCAGCAACGUGUGGCCCUGAGUGAGCGCGCAGGCACCACCGCCACCUUCCCCAUUGGCUCCAUGGGCAUCGCGGUGUACGACUACCAGCGGCUCCUGAUUGCCUACAAGCCGGCGGCGGGGACCUGCUGCUACAUUGUGAAGAUGGCUCCGGACCGCAUCCCCAACCUGGAGGCUCUCACUAGAAAGCUGCAGAACCUCCAGGUCAAGCCUGCAGCACCUCCCUCUAAGCUGGGCCAGGAGGAGGAUCGCGAUACCCGUUCAGUGUCCUCCAGGAACUUGGACUUCUUGGGCCCCGCCCUGAGCACCCUAUGUGGUGAAGUGACCCUCUACUACAUCUAGGACCCCUCAGAGUCAGCGGAAGCCUAAAAGGGACAGAAAGCUCCCUGUGCAAAGGGUCUUUGACAAACAAGCAGGGAGCUGUGCCUGCCACCCCAGUGGCACUAGCCCUGGGGAAUGGGAGCUGUGGGGAGAGGUGGAAGCCAGCAGAGAGGUGGCUCCUAGGGGGCAGGGGGGCCUUAUCACAAAA